AUGGCUCUCCUGCACAGCCUGCCUGACGGAGAGCAGCCGGAUCUCUCUCCGGUAGAGCUUGCGCAGCUCCUCACCCGGUUAAAGCAGUCCGUGCUGCAUCCGAGUCCCGACCGCGAGCGCAGGCUGCGCAACAGCGAGUUUGAGAGGACGAGGGUCGAAGCUAAUUUGCAGUAUGCGCGCGCGGCGCUGACGAAGCUGGAGCAGACGCCACUGGCAAGGCGAGCGGAACUACAGAGCGACCUUACAUUACAUCGGGAGACGCUGGACCUGUUGUUUGAUCGGCUAGACGACCUACGAAAAGUACGAAGUGCCAGAUUUGAAGCAAAAGACUCGUCCGAAGGCGAAGACCUGUUGGGGGACAUUAUACACACGCCGAGCGAGAGCCAGGACUCGAGGCGGUCAUCGAAUGCGCCAAGGGUAGAAGGCGACUAUGACGACGCGAUACACAACCCCGAAGCCCCUGAGCCGCCGUCACAAGCUGAACCUACGCCGCCCGAGCCCCCUACAACGACGCCCACCACUGGAACUGCAACGGCUAAGGCCAUCACCAGCGAGCAGCCUUCCACGCAAACGACACAAACACUGCGCGCCCGCGCCUCCGCCUCAUCACCAACCCCUUCCGCCCACAGCACAGCACGAUCCGCCCUCUUCGCCAACCGCCGCAAGCCCGCAAGCCCAGAGACGUCGACCGCCACGGCAGAGGCCAUCCUCGACCAGCAGCGCGCCGAGCAGGACGCCAUCUCCAGCUCGAUCCUGCAGAUGGCGAGCGCGCUCAAGGAGAGCUCCAAGAGCUUCUCGGCGACGCUGGAGGAGGACAGGACGGUGCUCGGCGCCGCGGGGGCGAGCAUGGAGAAGUCGGAGCUGAGCAUGGAGGCUGCGCAGGGGCGGAUGGGGUCGCUGAGGAGGAUGACGGAGGGGAAAGGAUGGUGGGGGAGGAUGAUACUGUAUGCGUGGGUAUAUGGGCUGAUGGUUGUUCUGGUGUUGCUGGUGUUUGUGUUUCCAAAGUUGAGGUUUUGA